AAGCUGAUGCCGAGCAUUCAAAGGCGGCUCAUCGGGACGUCAUUCGGAAAGUGGGAGCAGGCGCUAUCAACAAAAGGUGGAGGUUUCCUCGAGCGUAAACAGCUACAGAUACCUUCGAGUCCCACCACAACCCAGAUACAGACUCUGAGAGAGCAUCCCAGCACAAGCUUACUCACCCACAAUGCCUGAAGUCAAGAUUUAUGAAGUGAAAGAGCCGUACAUCGAGAUACGUUGCUCUCUCGGCGAAGGACCUUUCUGGGAAGAGGCGACCAAUACGGUACGCUUUCUCGAUGUCGAGAAGCAGGAGCUGCACCGCGUAGACAUCAGCAAGGGACCUUCAAGCCACAAGCUUGUGAAGAAACUUGACAUUUCAUUGGGCUGCACCGCAGACAUUGAAGGAAAUGAUAAGGAGUUCAUCUUCGGUGGUAAAUACGGCUAUGGCGUUGCAAAUAAAGAGACUGGAGAUUACCGCUGGGUCAAAAAGGUCUGGUCUGAGGAUGAGAUCAAAGCAAACAAGAACGAGAAGUUCCGUGGCAAUGAUGGCGCAGUAGACUCGCAGGGCCGUUUCUGGGCUGGCUACAUGUUCGAUCCAUUGGUGGAGGAGAUGAGGUCUGAUGGUGCCGUCUUCCGUCUUAACCCUGACCUGUCUCUUGACCGCCCUCUCAGCGACAUUUGCAUUCCAAACGGCACAACAUGGAACAAGAAGGAUGACACUAUGUUCUUCGCUGACAGCCCCGACAAAAUUAUCUACCAGUUCGACUACGAUCCGAAGACUGGCUCGGUUACAAACAGACGCCCCUUCUUCACCAUGCCCGAGGACAACAAGUAUGGCGAGAACGCAGUACCAGAUGGCCACUGCAUCGAUGAGGAGGGAUACAUGUGGACUGCGCUGCACGACGGAGGCCGCGUUUUGAGAAUAUCGCCUCAAGGCGAAGUCGUCGCUGAGAUCAAGCUCCCUACUAGCCAGGUCACCUGCCCCUGCUUUGUUGGCACACAACUGUUCAUCACAUCGGCGGGCGGUGGAGCACCUAGCGGAGAUGAUGGUAAGCCAGUAGAUAAAUAUGCAGGCAGCUGCUUCUUAGUCGACGUUGGUGUUCGCGGCUUGAAGAGGUUCAAAUUUAAGGGCGGCGAAAAGAUCGAGGGUGGCAAGGUCGAUGGCAAGGUGGUCGGGGAGUAAGAAGUGCUGCACCGAACGGACAGCUCAGGCUUAUUCUCUGGUAGCGCAGUGGUGUUCACACAGCAAUUCACCUUUUUUGACAUACUGUGCUCUAGUGCUAAGGCACACGCAAACUGCGAACAAUACCUGAUCCACUCGACCAGUCCAUGUCCUUCACCAGCUGAGGUUACGAAGAUGUUGACUCCGCUAACCAAUCUUGCAAUUCUCUCUCAAGCAACGCCAUUAAUCCAUCCGUACGCGACCUAAUUUGAACUUUGAGGCCGCUGCGGCAGCAAAGGGGGGCAAAGCCAUAGCUGCUGGGAGUGAUUUGCGUCGUAGAGAUGCGUGGGACGGUGAGAGGGUGACGUGGGUGAUGAGUAAAUAAUUGUACGUAGCGGGU